AUGUCACCGGUCAAGUCUUUACGCUUCGCUGCGGCGAUAGCGUCGUCGGCGGUUUCCUUUGCGUGCGCUGCAGUACUCGACUUGCCCAUCAUAAUCUAUAAUGGUUAUGACAUGGUUGAGCUCGAUGUUGGCACGCCCGCACAUACCUACCGUUUUAUGUUUGACACGGGCAGUGCGUCCACUUGGAUUGUCGACAAGGAAUGCGCUGAAUCUUGCCCUAAUAUAAGCGGGUUUGAUCGCAGUCCUGGCUACGAUGUCACCAGCUCGUCCAGUGGCAAUCUCACAGAUCAGGAUGCUUCCAUCGACUACCUGGGAGGAAGGGUGGCCGGUGUUACUGCUAUCGACACUUUCAGGUUCGGAACGCUGUCAUGGAGCCAGCCCUUCAUCGCAGCCAACGAGAGCAACUGGGCCGCCCAGCCCAACCACGGCUUCAUGGGGCUUGCCUUUGGUAGCAUCGCCGUUGGUGGUGCUACUCCGGUCUUCGAGCGACUGAUGGCGAGCGGGAAGUUGGAUCGCCCCCGCUUCGGUCUCUACUACGAUCAGGACAAGUCAGACAGUCCCGAGGGGGGCCACAGCAAGGGUCGAUUGACUCUGGGUGGGUCAAGAGAGGAGGAGUAUGUUGAGGGAGAGAUGGCGACAAUCCAACUCACUCAACGCUCGGGGGACUACGAUGUGUGGAGGAGUGUUUUGCACUCCGUGAGUGGCUCAUUCACUACGGAAAACGGCACCAAGGCCGAGGCUCAGACGGACCUGUUCGCGGCUUCGGUCGUCUUCGAUACCGGUGCCUCGCACAUCUCUUUGCCCCCUGACAGCAUCGAGGCUGUCUAUGCUUCAAUCGGCAUGAACUGGACGGCACUCAUCGGAGGCGAACACAUCCCUCUCUGCACCGAGUUCAACGACACCUGGUCCAUCAGCUUCGAGGUCGGCUUCUACGGCGCCACAAAAACCAUCACCCUCACAGGCGACCAGCUGGCUCUGCCGGGUUUCGCCAACCGAGAGGACGCGUGCUGGCCGCCGUUCGAUAACCAGGGCAGCGCUGGCUUCGCCCUCAUUGGCAAGCGGCUGCUCCGCCGCUUCUAUACCAUCUGGGACCAUGGCGCCUUCCCGGUUCCGGGACAGUACACCGAGCCAACUCUUUCUUUCGGCAAACUGAAAUCCCAGAAAUGA